AUCCCUUCGCAUCCCAACAAGUUUCCAAAGUCCCUCCCAAAUUCGUCUUCUCAAAGUUUCCGUUUGUUUCCCGAGAAAAGGAACAAGAAAAUUUCCGAUGGCGCCCAAAGCUGAGAAGAAGCCCGCAGAGAAGUCCGCCGUGGCAGAGAAAGCCCCCGCCGAGAAGAAGCCCAAGGCCGGGAAGAAGCUCCCAAAGGAGGCCGGAGCCGCCGCCGGAGACAAGAAGAAGAAGAGAUCGAAGAAGAGCGUGGAGACCUACAAGAUCUACAUAUUCAAGGUCCUGAAGCAGGUCCACCCAGACAUCGGAAUCUCCAGCAAGGCCAUGGGAAUCAUGAACAGCUUCAUCAACGACAUCUUCGAGAAGCUCGCCCAGGAGUCGUCCAGGCUCGCCAGGUACAACAAAAAACCGACUAUCACUUCGAGGGAGAUCCAGACGGCGGUGAGAUUGGUGCUGCCCGGUGAGCUCGCCAAGCAUGCGGUGUCUGAGGGUACUAAGGCGGUGACUAAGUUUACCAGCUCUUGAAGAGUUAGGGUUUCUGGGUUUGGAUUUGAGAUGGGUUGUGAAGCAUUUAGGGUUAGGGUUACGGGUUUCUGGGUUUUAACCCUUUAUGUAAGUAUAAGUACUGAUGCUGUUGUUCUAUUGCGGUUUAAAUUCUGAAUGAAAGUUUGAUUUAUCCAA